CGAGCAUUUUCCGUGCUUUUAUUUUCUUCCGCGCAGCUGAACACCUUGCAUCUCUUUUUCAUGUCCCACAUGCACAAUUUGCCUUACAAUCACUUUUUAUGUGUGUAUGUAAACAACCACUUUGCCUUCUAUAGGCAACUUCUCCAAACACACACACGCACACACACAUGAAGACACAUGGAUGGUAGGCGGAGGGCAGGUGGCAGAGGAGGAGGUGCGGGAGGCGGCCUUUACGUAAAAAACAUAUUAAAAGCAGUCACACAUCUCAUUCUGCGACCACACACACAAAUACACAUCGACAUACACACAGAGUAAUUGUAUUUGGGAUUAUGGCUUCCACCACCUCGGCAGAUAUUCUGCCCACCGGCGGCAGGAUCUUCACCAGCAUCCCCGACUUGUUCUUCAUCCCGGAGUUUGUGUUUGGAGGUCUGGUGUGGAUCCUGGUGGCGUCCACUCGCGUGUAUCCGGACCAUCCAUUGGGAUGGGUCAUGUUUGUGUCCGUCUUUUGCUUCGUCUUCACCACGCUUUGGUUCUUCCUCUUCCUGUGUGGAGCCAAUCAAAGCAGCAUCUGGCCAGCUCUCGACACGUUCUACCAUUUCUUGGCGGUGGUGUUCUACUUGAGCGCGUCAGUGAUCUUGGCAUACAUCACCGUGCUGAAAGGCUGGGGAAUCACCAUCAACUCGGGCGGCACCCUGUCCAUUGUGCCCCUCAUCCGAGAAGGCCUCAAGAUCUACAGGCUGGAUAUCGCCGCCGUGGUGAUGUCCUACUUGGCCACACUCCUCUACUUCCUGCAUGCCAUCUUCUCCGCCAUCCGCUGGCAGAGAGCCUAAAGGGGAACCCCAAAAAUGUCACUGGCCUCAUCCUGACAACAGAACCACUUAUCAUACUUUCAUUAUUAUUAUGAUUAUUAUUAAUAUAUUUUUAAAAUAUAAGCCGUGACAAACAAGUCACAUGACUGAAUGAGCGGUAAACAAACUAAAUGUCACAUGUGUGAGGUCCGACUAUAUAUGUAUAUAAGCAAACAUUAUUACAUUAGAAAAUAUUUGGCAUCCGAAAAGCAUAAUUCUUUUUUUCCAUUACCCCUCCCACUUUUAUUACAUAAAAAUCUAAUAACGUUUUACAACAAAAGUACGUUGUGGAAAUAAAAAUUUAAGUCGUCACCAUUUUAAAAUUUUCAGAAAAUUUAAAUAUGGAAGUUGUUAUCAAAUGAAAACAAGGAUGAGAAAACAAACAAACAAACAAACAAACAAACAAAUUAGGAUGAAAAAAAAUCUGGGGAUUUCGCAUUUUUAGCAUUGCACAUCUGUCAUAUUUAUACAGUUUAUGAAAUCAACUCUACAGGUUAAAGAUCAUUAAAAUAUGAUUUUUCUUUUUUUUUCAACAUGCAUCCGUCAACAUAUAAAAUGAAUAUCCAAAAAUUCCUCAAAUGCUCAACAUUUUGCUUAUAUUUUGCAUUUUUAGCAGUGUACAGUUGCACUGUACUAAGUUAAAUAAUUAUUUUGUGUAGGACUUCUGUAUUUUUUCAAAAAUAAUACAAAUGAAGAACUAUCAACAUUCUUAAAUGCAAAAAGGAGGCAAUGCUUUACAUUUAGCUGAAAAAUUAAAAAUACACUUAAAAAUAUAUACAAUAUAUUAAUAAUGGGGGCUUAAUUUAGCGUUUUCAGCACCGCAUGUCAGUUUAUGAAAUGUAAAACAAUAAAAAUAAAUAUCCAAUUCAGAUACAACUUGAAUAUGACUUUGCAAUUACUUUAGAAUGAUUUUCAAAUGUUAUAAAAAUCAAUUAAAUAAAAACACCAAAUCCCCCAAAUCAAUUGUCAAAUAUUUCACUUUUUCAUUUCAGCGUGUCCACCGUUUUCAUGUAUGAGUUACAAUAUUUUUUUUGUAUGAUUGUCUACUAAAUUGUCAUUCAAGAGAACACGGUGAAUGUAACUAAAGAUCAUUCUGUUUUACAAUACAGACCAAGUGUCCAUUAAAAAAAAAAGCGAGUAAAAAUGAUGAAACAAAAUGUCGACAAUGUUGGUGAACUUGUGCUACACGUGUACAAAAUGCCUACUACUUCAUUUUUUGUGUUUACAACCAGAAUGUAAAACUUCCUCAAGCUUUUUAAUGCUACCUUUUUAUUUUUGAAAGGAUCAAUUUUAUAUAUCUUUUAUGGAUGAAUGUUCCGACGUAAUUAUUUGUCUGAAAAUGCUCACUUUAUGUAUAUACCAGAUGAUUCCACUUGACGCACAUCUUUAUAAAUCUUCAAUGUGAAAUAAAAUAUUCUCAACACUUGAAAA